UGUUUUUUUUAACGAUCUGAGCUUCCAGCCCCAGGAUACGUUGUGUAUUCAAUAGGAAUGAAGAGGCUUUGUGUAUGUAUAUGUAGCAUCAACGUGUACGUAUGAAGGUAUUUAGAUGUGAAUAAUAUAGCAUACAUAUGUAUGUUAUAGUGUGAGCGUGACCUUGUACUGUGCAGAUACUGUUUGAUCAUUAUACUUCAUACAGGCACUCUUGAUUACAUCCAUUAACUUCCUUGUGUUGGAAUCCUCUCUUUUAUAGUGUCUAUAUAGCACGCGAGAGUAUCCCCGUUACUUCUCGCAUCAACAAAUGAGAAACAGUCAAGCGGUUUAACUUAUGUACUAGCCUUUCAUCACACAUACAUCAUGGACGUUACAGAUACCAGACGCACUGGGAAGGCCUCAACAGGAUCGGAUGAUGAUGAAAGCGAUGUGGCCUUGAUGGACAAUUCCGUUUCCAUCUCCAUGGUAACGGAUAACACCUACGGAACGAUUGAUGAACAGGAGGAUGCGAAGAAGUCUGCGUUCUUCGGCGCCAUACAGCAGCGUGCAGAUGGUAGGUACGGUGCUGAGGGGUGGGGCUAUGAGCCUGAGGGGGUGCUGCUGUCUAAGCUGAAUGUUGGGUUCUUCAAGAGUCUGUGGCAUCUGUCUCAGCUCGCACUCACCUCCUGGCGCGAGUGGAUGCUGUUUCUGACGCUGCCUGUGACAGUUGCGGCGUACAUUUGGGUUGGUUACUACGUAAUGCUGGCGCCCGGAUACAUCUAUACCGCCUUGAUCAACGAUGACCUGGACGAUUUUAUCUACCGAUGCACUGUGCUCUUGGGUUGGGUGUCCUUAAUCUCGGUCAUCAAGGUCUUCCGUCAGUUCAUCACCUCAUGGAUCAGCAAUGAGUGGCGAAACUCAAUCACCACCACCAUACACGAGCUAUACAUGACUGACCUACGCUACUACACCAUCCAGAUCAACGCUGCCGGGGUGGACAACCCUGAUCAGCGUAUUGUGACCGACAUCAAGGGCGUGACUACCGAGUUUUCCAAGAUAUUGGGAGGCUCGGCUGGGUCGGGUGGUCUGUACGAGGGGUUUGGUAACAUCCUGUGGUACUCAGUCCAAACAGCUCAGAGAGCGGGCUGGUAUGGGCUGGUGAUGGCUUAUGGAUGGUCUGCUCUCAUGGCGGUGUUCAGUGUGCUGCUGAUUAAUGUUGUGGCUCCCUGGGUGUUCCGUCAAGAACGAUUUGAAGCGCUGUUCCGGUUUUUGCAUGUGACGGUGCGUACACGCGCAGAAGACAUCGCAUUCCUUGGCACAGGCGGUCACGAGCGCAACUCUGUGAAGAAGACGCUCGACCACUGUGUGGACAACACCAAAAAGAUCAUCACUCGCCAGGUGUACCUGAACUCCGUUGAGUUUGCAUUCGGCUACUUAACUACACUGAUCAUGUAUGUCUCGCUGGGUAUUGCCGUGUUCUCUGGCUUAGCGUGGAAUUUCACACCCGAGAGUGAGCGUGCGCAGUGGAUUGCCCAGACAUCCGGAAGUUUCAUUUCGCUGCUGUUUGGCUUUACGAUACUUAUCCAGAUGUCCACACAAACCUCGGACUUCGUAGCCUUUGUCAUGCGUGUGUCUGAGCUGCACAAGGCACUCUUAGCCGAGAAGGAGAAGCGCAGCAACGGACACCAAUCGUCUGCGGGUGGGUCCAGGGACGAAGCACUGCUGAAUACGAGCUCAUUCUCUGUCUCUGAUGCUCAGGAGUUGCAGACCGAUAAGUUACAGAUCACGUCACCCGCUGGAGAUGUGUUGGUCACGAGUCUUUCAUUCGUACUGAAACAAGGUGAUAGCUUGCUGGUAAUGGGUGCUUCUGGGGGUGGCAAAACGUCGCUGCUGCGUGUACUAAGAGGGCUGUGGCCUGCUUCUAAUGGAUCCUUCUCCCGUCCACCGGCGUUGACUGAUGGGAAGGGCGGCGUCUUCUUCUUGCCACAACGACCGUAUUUGGCCUAUGAACUCACACUGAAGCAACAGAUGAUGUAUCCGAAUGUCAAUGUCGAGUGCAACGACUCCGAUGAUGUGUUCAUCGAUGUGCUGGGUGAGGUGGGUCUGACCGGCAUUGUGCGGCGAGUCGGGGGUCUGAACGUAAUAGCCGACUGGCAAGUGAUGUUGUCUGUGGGUGAGCAGCAACGUCUGUGCCUCGCGCGUGUGCUGUGGCACAACCCAGCCAUUGCCAUCCUGGACGAAAGCACGGCCAGUCUGGAUGUGGAGUGGGAGAAGAGUGUCUACGCUGCGCUGAAGCGGAGAGGUGUCGGUGUACUCAGUGUGGGCCAUCGAGAAUCGCUCAUCCCUCUGCACAACAAAGUGCUCCGCCUGAAAGAAUAGGCCAGUCAACAAUCCGUCAAUUUCUGGUCGAGAAAGGGGCAUUUUAAAGGGGAAGAGGGGGUAUUUUCGGGGUGAACAAAUGUAGGAGUGCAAAAUCAGGUGCGGGUGUUCUCCCGGACAGCGAGCAGAGAGGGCUAGCUGUACACUUCGAAUGCGAGCGAACGCGAGCCUCGGCAGUCGGAGAUGUGUUGGUUGUGGCCACAGCAGAGCUAUACGAAAUUGAGGACAACUUGGGUGCACCCUGACGUUCUUUUUUUUUUUUGGAUAGCGGACACCCGCUGCUGUUGUGGAUGGGUCACGCUGUCGCUUGAGGGGGUCCACAGCCAAUACGGAUUGUACACAAUAAUUUUGGUAGUUAAAUUUUAGUGUGGAUCUGUUUGAAUCUAUAGCAAGCCGCCUCACCAAAUGAAUUAGUUAGAAGGCUCGUACGUCCAGAAUAAAUCAAAACUUAAGCACUCUUAUGCAUCAGCAGUGUCUAUACUACAAGACGCCUCACCAAAUGAAUUAGUUACGAGGUUCGUACGUCCGCGAUUAAUUAAAGCUUAAGCACUCCUUUGCAUCAGCAGUGUCUAUACUAAA